AUUUUAAGUGCUUCUCUGUAAGGUAUUGAAUUGACACUUGAUGAUCUCAUGUUCAUUCAGUAACAGCAAAGCUCUUGAGCGUAGAAAAUGGUGCAUGUCCCAAGAGUUAAACUGGGUAAUCAAGGCUUAGAGGUUUCUAGAUUGGGCUUUGGAUGUGGAGGUUUAUCUGGAUAUUAUAAUGCUCCACUCUCGCAUGAAGCUGGAUGUUCGAUUAUUAAGGAAGCAUUCAAUAAGGGUAUUACAUUUUUUGAUACAUCAGAUUUUUAUGGACGUAAUCAUGAUAAUGAGUUCAUGGUUGGUAAGGCUUUAAAAGAACUUCCUCGUGAAAAAGUUCAGUUGGCUACAAAAUUUGGUAUUUUUAAAUCUGAGGAAACACCUUUUGGGGUCAAAGGUACCCCUGAAUAUGUGAGGGAGUGCUGUGAAGCUAGUCUUAAGCGGCUAGAUGUGAGUUAUAUUGAUUUGUAUUAUCAACAUCGAGUUGACACCACAGUGCCAAUUGAAGACACUGUGGGGGAACUCAAAAAGCUGGUAGAAGAGGGAAAGAUUAAAUAUAUUGGAUUGUCAGAGGCUAAUGCUGACACUAUAAAGAGAGCACAUGCUGUUCAUCCUAUUACUGCUUUGCAAAUGGAGUAUUCUUUAUGGACCCGUGAGAUAGAAGAGGAGAUAAUUCCUCUAUGCAGAGAACUUGGGAUUGGAAUAGUAGCAUACAGCCCUCUUGGUCGUGGCUUUUUUGCAGGGAAGGCAGUGGCAGAAACUCUGCCUAGUGAGAGUUUUUUGGCUCAGUUUCCCAGGUUCAGUGGAGAAAAUUUGGAAAGAAACAAGAUUUUUUAUAAACGACUUGAUGUCUUGGCUUCUAACCAUGCAUGCAUUCCUGCUCAAUUAGCCUUAGCAUGGCUUCUCCAUCAGGGAAAUGACAUAAUCCCUAUCCCAGGGACUACUAAGGUUAGGAACCUUGAAAACAAUAUUGGCUCUCUCGCUGUCGAGCUUACAGAUGAGGAGUUGAAGGAAAUUUCUGAUGCAGUUCCUGUUAAUGAAGUUGCGGGGACAAGAGAAACUGGUAUUGCUUCCAAAUACUCUUGGAAGUUUGCAACUACCCCAUCAAAGUAAUUUUCUGUGUUUUGUUGACAAUUGGUGAAAUAAAGAAUUUGUAUAAUGAAGAAUUAGAGAAUUUGUAUUGGGAAGAAUCAUGUAAGUCUGUUAUUAAAUUAGUAUUGUGUUUGUAUUGAAACAUAUGCUUUCCUCAACAAAAUAGCCUCUGGAAUUCGAUCCAGGAUAAUGCAUGUAAAGUGAAAAGAAUACUUUUUCCAAAUGAAAUUUUCUUUGCU